AUGCUACUUGGUGUGGUAAGUCUUUAUGUCGAUGAUCUCAUCUACACAGGAAACUCAACAGUGAUGCUGGAAGAGUUUAAAGUCUCCAUGAUGAGUGAGUUCUCUAUGACUGAUCUGGGCAAGAUGAAGUACUUUCUGGGAGUGGAGGUUGUUCAGGAUGAGAAAGGCAUCUUCAUAAGUCAAAAGAAAUAUGCAGAAGAAACACUAAGGAAAUAUGGAAUGGAGGAGUGUAAUGCUGUUAAAAAUCCGAUGGUACCGGGCAACAAGUUGUCAAGAGAAGGAGCUGGAGAAGAGGUGAAUCCAACAACAUUUAAGCAACUCGUUAGGAGUCUGAGGUACCUCACUGCUACUAGGCCUGAUUUAAUUUAUUCAGUGAAUUUGGUCAGUAGAUAUAUGGAGAGACCAAAUGAGCAACAUAUGGCGACUGCAAAGAGGAUCUUGAGGUAUGUUCAGGGAACUCGAGAUUUUGGAAUUCAAUACAAGUACGGUGGAGAGCAGAAACUGGUCGGGUAUGUAGACAGUGACUAUGCAGGGGAUGUGGAUGAUUUCAAAAGCACUUUUGAAUAUGUGUUUAUGCUGGGUGGAGGUGCAGUUUCGUGGGUCUCAAAGAAGCAACCGAUUGUCACUCUAUCUACGACUGAAGCAGAGUUUGUUUCUGUAGCUUAUGGAGCUUGUCAUGCAGUAUGGCUCAGGAACAUUAUGGCUGAAAUUGGUUCUGAACAAAAGGAAGGUACUACUAUGUUCUGCGAUAACAGUUCUGCAAUCAAACUGUCUAAGAAUCCUGUGCUACAUGGGAGAAGCAAGCACAUUCAUGUCAGGUUUCAUUACUUAAGAGAAUUGGUGAACGAUGGAGUGAUUCAGCUCGACUACUGCAGUACACAUGAUCAGAUAUCAGACAUAAUGACAAAGGCAGUAAAGCUAGAAGCAUUUGAGAAACUCAAGAACAGGAUGGGUGUUGGCGCAAAGGAAGUAUAA